UUCCUCCACCACGCUCCAACCUUAUGAUAUGUACUGUAUACACCAUCACCUUCACUCUUGUGCGACGCACUUCAUCUCUGAAUUAAGCUGCCCCUAAACACUGGAUUUUCUGUUUCAGUCACCGGAAACAAAUGGCCUGGAUUCUGUCUUUUAAAGUACUUGUCAUCUCCACUGGCGUUCUCUUCACCGCUUUGGGACUUGCAGUCUCUGUUCCAAUCAUUUUACAGCACGUGCCUGUCAUGUGGAGCUUCUGCCUUUUGUGCUUCAAGCCUCCCUACCUUUACAUCAUCGUCAACGGCAUCAUCAUUUGUAUCGUCGCCUCCUCCAGAUUCCAUCACACCACCGCCGAUGCCGAUGAGCCCUCUCCUCCUCCCAAUGCUCCCGUUGUUCCUGCUAAUUACGAGGUGAAGUCUCUACCGUUGGUGACGAUUUCAGAACCGCCGGUCGUGUAUGAGCCGAGAGAGGAGCCACAAGUUAUGGAAGUGAAGGCCGUCAUGGUGAACGGUUCAGAAGUAGUCGAUGAAGGAGACGAGAAAGGAGUCGACGACGGAAUGGAGUCCACGAGGACACCGCUGAAUAGGGUGGACUCGCCGGAGAUUCGGUUAGAUCAUCUUUUAUCGCCAGAGAAGCCUCUCGUUUCCGCUAGAUUUGGCCACCGGAAACCACCGAAAACCAGUCCUGACGGUGGAAGGUCGUUGAGGGUGGCGAAGCCAAAACGGCACGAGACGCUGGAGAACACGUGGAAGGCGAUAACGGAAGGUAGGGCCAUGCCGUUAAGCAGGCACAUGAAGAAGAGUGACACGUGGGAACAUCGGGGAAGCGUGGGCCCACGGGAGGCGACGGCUGUGAAGGGCUCGGAGAACUUCAAGGACCGCACAAAUCAGCCAGCUACGUCGUCGUCAACGAUGAAGCUGAGGAAAGAACUGUCGCUGACUCAGGACGAGCUGAACCGGCGCGUGGAGGCAUUCAUACAGAAGUUUAAUGAAGAAAUGAGGUUGCAAAGGCAAGAGUCUUGGAAUCAAUUCAUGGAGACGAUUAACCGUGGCAGCCAUUAACAAUUAUAUAGUUGGAAGAUAUUUAUAGCAACAACUAAAACAUAUCUUAUUUUUUCCUCAAAAAAAAAAAAUGCAUGCAAGUUUUUGGGCCAGGUUUUGAAGAUUAGAUGAUAGAUAAAUACUAACGUUAUAAGUCUCUUGAUUUUUCAUGAAACAAAAAUGAAGUUGGAUAUAUUUUAUUAAAGUUUUUGUAAAAAGAAAAAAUCGUACUGGACUGGACGACAGUGCAUCGAUGUUUAAAUGUUUAAAUUGGACAUCUUGUAAGUUGUAAUGGAUAAGCAUGCAGUUUUGUAGAUAUGAUGUCUUUCAUUUCUUUUCUUUUUUUAAUUUUUGUUAUCUUUUACACUUAUUUGGAAGUUUGGUCAGUUGACUUGAUGCAACGUCCAAUCAUCGAUCAAGAAAUUCUUAGUUUUUGUAUAUA